GAAACUAGAAGUGUAGAACUAUGCUAUGUAGUAUUGUUUUACCAAUGAGGCCGUGAGGUCCAUAUAAGGCCUUCAUAUACGGGCCGAGAUGAAUUCCAAUCAUUAAAGCAUAUAAGCAAUUCUAAUCCACUUUCCCAUUUUCGCGCGGUCUUUCCGCCAUUCCCUCUCUAUUUUGAUAAUUGAUGAUUUGAGUGUAUCUUUGAUCCUUUGUGAUCAAACAAUAGAUUCGUAAGUCAAAAUCCCCAAAAUGGCCAAGAGUGAAGUCUCAGCCGCCGGCGACGAUGCGUCUCCUUCCUCCUCACGGCCAUGGCAAUCCUAUAACACCGUUUAUACCAACGCCAAAGCCGGGAUGGAAGGGGUGGACAAGGAAAAAGUGCAGAGAAUAGUGUAUGAAAUGAGCAAAGGGUCCAAGUAUUUUGAGAACGAGGAGCGCAAGGAGGGUUAUAUGAAGCAGAAAAUUGAAAACAUGCGUGCCCAGUGUUUAAAACUCACUAAAGCUGAUAUAUCUCAUUACCAGAAGCUUGCUGAAAGAAGGAUAUUAGAGCUGGAAGCCACGCGUGAUUUGUCAAGAAUUUGGAUACAUGUAGAUAUGGAUGCAUUCUAUGCAGCUGUUGAAACUUUGAGUAAUCCUUCAUUACAAGGCAAGCCGAUGGCGGUUGGCACCUUGUCAAUGCUUUCCACUGCUAAUUAUGAGGCUCGGAAAUUUGGGGUUCGGGCUGCAAUGCCUGGCUUUAUUGCUCGUAAAUUAUGUCCAGAGCUGAUAUUUGUACCUACUGACUUCAAGAAGUAUAAUCAUUACAGUGGAUUGACAAGAAAAAUCUUCCAGAAAUAUGAUCCUAACUUCUUGGCAACGAGUUUGGAUGAGGCAUACCUGGAUAUAACAAGGAUUUGCAAAGAACGGGGAGUUACAGGUGCGGAGGUAGCUGAAGAGCUCAGAGAAAGUGUUUACAACGAGACUGGCCUCACAUGUAGUGCAGGAGUGGCUCCAAAUCGCUUACUCGCUAAGGUUUGUUCAGAUAUCAACAAACCUAACGGACAGUUUGUUUUGCCUAAUGAUCGCAUGGCUAUCAUGGCAUUUAUUUCUACACUUCCUAUUAGGAAGAUUGGUGGCAUUGGUAAAGUUACUGAAAACAUAUUAAAGGAUGUUUUUGGAAUAACAACAUGCGAGGAAAUGUUGCAGAAAAGUAAUCUUCUGUGUGCACUAUUUUCCCGUUCCUCAGCAGAUUUUUUUUUUUGUGUCGGUCUAGGACUUGGCGGGACAGAUACACCUGAAACAAAGAUGCGAAAGAGUAUGAGUAAUGAGAGGACAUUUUCAGCCACUGGUGACGAGACAUUGCUUUAUAAAAAGUUAGUGGAGCUUGCAGAGAUGCUCUCUGACGAGAUGGAACAAGAAGGCCUUUGUGGGCGGACAUUGACGCUAAAAUUGAAAACUGCAUCUUUCGAGGUAAGGACCCGAGCAGUGACUUUGCCUAAUUACAUCUCCUCAAGUGAGGAUAUCUUGAAGCACGCUUCAAAGCUGCUGAAGGCUGAAUUCCCUGUAUCUUUGAGACUCAUGGGGCUUCGUAUUUCCCAGUUUAUGGAAGAAAACGUUGGUCCUUCUGAUCCUACGCAAAGAACACUUUCCAAGUUCAUUGUUCAAGGAGACGCUUCUGGGAAAAACGCAGAUGAGUGUUUGCCUUUGGGCUCAGAUGUUAGCGAUAACGCCUUCACCCACGACACACAUACUGAUUUUCCUACCAACAGCGGUGAAACAAUAUCUUGGGAUCUUAGAGCCCCUACCGAUAACCCACAAAUAUCAGAUCCUAAUGACAGAUGCUGUAUAUCAGGGAACUAUAGUGAAGAAUUGGGGAAACGCCCCGAGCCUCAAAAUGAUGAACUUGAAAUCAAUGUAUGUAAAUCAAAUGAAGAGGGGAUACCCUUUCCAGGACCGUUGGAGGGGAUCAGCCUAGAUAAACCGAAGAGGGGUGCUAACUGUGCAUAUGAUGAAACGGGAUCAUGCUCAGAUCAUAAAGAUCUCGUUGUUUGGUUGGACGACUACAAAUGCUCUCUAUGUGGAACCGAACUGCCUCCAAGUUUUGUCGAGGAAAGACAGGAGCACUCCGACUUCCAUCUUGCUGAAAGGCUGCAAGACGAGGAAUCAAAAGACAACCUUAGAUGGCCGACACUGAAGCAAAGAUCUGUACAGAGCAACGAUACACAGAAUCGCGGUAGGCAGAGAAAGAAGAAGAAAUUAUCUCCAACACCCACUAAAUGCACUCCCAUUGAUAGCUUCUUUGUGAAGACAAGUCAGAAUUUCUAACAUCAAAACUCCAUUGCAGUGUUCAAAGAUGUAGGACAAAAUGAAUUGGUUUGCUGACUGCUUGGCUUAGUUGUCCUUCCCCCUCUCUUGUAUAUAACAAUCAAUUAGUUGAAUGUUAGUAUUAUAUGUAAAAUAAAACCACACUAUAUAUUUGAUAUAUGUUUGGAGUAGAGUACACGUUUGAUAAAUUGCA